CGCAUUGACAGUGAAUUGCAAGCAUUGACUCAAUGAUUGAAUCAGUCAUUGAGUGAGUGUUUGAUUGCGUCUGAAUUGAGUGAAAGUAUUGUCUCUGAGAUCAGCCAUCACUCGGUCUAUCCGUUCAGUGCAUCCACUGUCUCAUCAUUUCUUGUGUCCAUUCACACCAUCACUUAUAUUGAGAUCCGUUUGAAUCACACAAAUAAUCGGCGAAAGAAUGGCAGACAAUAAGUUAUACGACAUCUUAGGGGUUAACCGAAACGCUUCCGCCAAUGAAAUCAAAAAGCAAUACCGGAAACUGGCGAAGACAUACCAUCCCGACAAGAAUCAGGACCAGACGGAGGGCGAGAAGUUCAAAGAGAUCUCUUACGCCUACGAAGUGCUGUCCGACCCUAAGAAGAAGGAGAUCUACGAUCGCUUUGGACUCAAAGGUCUUCAAGAGGGCGGAAGUGACGGCUUCUCAUCGGCCGAAGAUAUCUUCUCUCAGAUGUUUGGCGGCGGCGGACUGUUCGGUGGUUUGGGAGGCUUUGGGGGAAUGGGAGGAAUGGGAGGAAUGCGAAGACGGAGACGAGGAGAAGACACGAUCCAUCCGUUGAAAGUAUCGCUCGAAGACCUCUAUAACGGAAAGACAUCUAAACUGCAAUUAAGUCGAAAUAUCUUUUGCAAAGCAUGCGAUGGUCGUGAUGAGUGGCACUACAACUGCAAGAGUGACUCUGACUCGCAGUGGUGUGCAGUGUAUCUGCUUUUGGAUGACGUCCACAACGACUCCACAAAGAGUGUGGAAGUCAUCGAUUCGUGCGAACUAUCACUCGACUACUGCUGGCAAUGCCUAUGCCUUAUGCCUAUCGCUAUCCUGUUUGCUAUACCUAUACACUAG